UGUAUGCUCAUCCCCAGGACAACAAAACACUCUGACAGAAACAAAAAACCCCCAAAACAAAUUGCUGCAGUGCACCAUGGCUCAGGAUGGGGUGAUACUGCAAUUCAACUUUCCCACAUUCGGGGACUCCAUGCUUCAAAAGAUGGAUGCUCUUCGUCGAGACAGACGCUUCUGUGAUGUUGUGGUCCGCAUCAAUGACUUGGAAGUGCCUGGACACAAAGUGGUCUUUGCCGCUGGCUCCCCUUUCCUUAGAGACCAGUUUGUCCUUCAGGACUCUCAUGAAGUGCAAAUAUCUACACAGCAGGAUGCAGAAGUUGGACAGAGGCUUCUACUGUCCUGCUACACUGGGACACUGGAGUUCCCGGAGCUGGAAUUAGUACACUAUUUAACAGUUGCCAGUUUCCUACAGAUGGGUCAUAUUGUUGAGCAGUGCACCGAAGCUCUAAAUAAAUUCAUAAAACCACACGAGGUCAAAGACGAGCGUGCAUCAUCUCGACAGCGUGGCCAACCAGCUGUGGAGACAGCAUGUGAUGAAGAGGAUGAGGUGGACAAUGAUGGAGAAGAUGACUUUGAUGAUGAGGAUGAUGAUGAUGAUGAUGUGAUCAUACAGCCCAAGUCUCCGCCUGUAUUUAGAAACUCUGAGAGCAACAGUAGAGGAGAGGAGAGUCCUAUUAGCGUCGUUAAGGUGGAGUCAAUAGAUGAGCGAAUGCCUGAUAACUUUCAGAGCCGCUCAAGUCGCUCGCCAACACUGCGCUCACCUGAGCCACAACACUCCCUAAUAAACUCCACAGUGGAAACCCGGCCCGCCGAAAUCGCUGGCAACCCCGCAGCUGAAUAUUCGCUGUCCCCACCUGGACCCAGUGGUUCUGGGAAAGGGAAUCUUUGGGGAUGCUCAAGGAAUGCCGAGAAGGGUAUGCAGUGGUACCACCAGUGCCCGAAAUGUGCUCGUGUGUUCCGUCAGCUGGAGAACUACGCCAACCAUCUGAAGAUGCACAAGCUGUUCAUGUGCCUCCUAUGUGGAAAAACAUUUACCCAGAAAGGAAACCUGCACCGGCACAUGCGUGUCCAUGCCGGCAUCAAACCCUUCCAAUGUAAGAUAUGUGGAAAGACUUUUACUCAGAAGUGCUCGCUGCUAGACCACCUGAACCUUCACAGUGGGGACAAACCACACCGUUGUAAUUACUGCGACAUGGUGUUUGCACAUAAACCAGUUCUCCGUAAACACCUGAAGCAGAUCCAUGGAAAAAACAGUUUUGAUAAUGCCAACGAAGGCAGCUUGCUUGAAGGACUAUAAAUUCAUAUUAAUGUCUAAAUAAAUUAUAUUAAUAUACAUGACACAGACAUAAUUCUGUAUAA